UUUACUCUUGCUGCAAAGCAAAGAGUUUGCACUUUUCAGCUCUAAGCUUUGCGUGCCUCGAUUUUGAAACUGAAACCAUGGCAGAGGUAUCUACAGCGACUUAUUGUUCAGUCGAUAGCACAGAGCUGGACAGUUUUAUGAUUAAAAAUCCUUCCACGGCUGCAAUUCGAGGUGACUCUGAUAACCAAGAUGUCGACGUGGAGAAUCAACGUUGCUGCAACAGUCAGAGGAUCAUCGUUGCUAUUAUCGUUCUUCUUGGAAUAAUGUGCUUGAUAAUUGGAAUCGUUUUAAUCUCGCUUGCCAACGAUAAACACAGGGACGAAUGCGAUGAAAAACAGGAGAAAAGUCACCAAAAAAACCAAACUCAAAACGCAAACUCAGACGCGUGCGCGCCGUCAGAGGAAGCUGUGAGAGUGUCGCUUCACAAACUUCUCGAGAACAUUCAGUUCGAAUCUUACGUCUUAAACCCGAAUUUGCUCUAUUUCAAGCCAGGUAAGACGCCCGAGGAAAUCCGUCGUAAUUUCAAACCCUACGAUCCGACACCUUCCGAGAUCAAACGAAGAACAGACGGAGCUUGGCGAUUGCUUACGGAGAUCAAUGAGACAGAUAUCGACUUAGCCAAACUGAAGCCACGAGAGAGAAAAGCAGUAUCACAAGUGAAAUUCUAUCUUCGGCACGUCUUCGGACAUCCUUACGACGGAAAUUACUAUUCGGGUGAUUGGAUGUUAGGUCCGAAUUUCUUCUGUUGGCAGCCGAUCUGCAUGCUGGGAAACGAAAUUUCCGGUAAUUUGCAGCAUUUUGCACCAAGAAAUUUAAGCGAUAUGGAAGUCAUUCGGAACAUUUUGAAGGCUUACAAUAAAUCGAUUAGUCAAUACACCCAAAAUGUAAAACUUGGAGUAACGACCGGCAUGAUUGGUUCGAUUGAAGAGUGUCGAGCGGGGAUUGAUUCCUUGAAGGAACAUUUCAGCCAUAUUUACAUUCAGAAAGAAGGAGUGUUAAAAGAACUGUUUGUGCAAAAGCUGCUUCAUUCCUCCUUCUACGGAGGAUUGACAAAGGAAAUGAGGGAUGAAUGGAAGAAACGCACAGGAAAGACGGUGGAGAGCUCCAUGGAGGAAUUCUUGAUUCAAUUUUUCGGUGCACCAAUGAAUGGAUUAUUCAGGUAUCUGGAAAACGAGCACAUGCAACAUUGUGUUCCAAGCAACAUUUCCAGCGGUUUUUUUAACCGCCCCUUGAAAUACGUGUACAUAAACGGCACACCGGAUAUGUCACAGCCGACCGUGAGGAACCUGAGCACGGGAGAGAUCCUCAACGGGCCACAGACUUAUACCAGCAUUUUGUCCUAUUUCAUCACGACUGACAUGACCCCUGACGAAGUGUACAAGAAGGGAUGGGAAAUGGUCAAUCAAACCUAUCCCCAGAUCCUUGCACUUGCGAGAAACCUUACGGGAAAAAAAAGAGACUCAGAUGCCACAGUAGUGGAGGAAUUCAAAAAAAGAAUAACAGCUCAAGACAUGUUCUACAACCAAGAACCAUUACCAGCCAACGAGAGCAACCAGUUGGCAUUUGAACGUUGCAGUACGAUCGAAGGAGCCAAAGAAUUUUGUCCCAAAAGAUGGGAAGCCCUGCAAAAUUGGUUCAAAGCCUCUAGGGAGGCUAUGAGUUUCUUAGAACCAAAAACAGUCAAUAUGUUUCAUUUCACUGGUGCCAAGCAGACCACGCCAAGCUGUCCCGUUCAACUCGCCCCAGACUUCAAUCCUUCCUCGGCCGCGCAAAGCUACACAAACAGUGAUGCAGAUUGUUCAAGGAACUGCAGGUACCAAGUUCCGUUUUUUCUCGAAAACAUGGGUCCAGUCUUCAGUGAAUGGAGUGUCAAUGCUCACGAGGCGAGACCUGGACACCACACUCAGGCUCAAGGUUUUGUUGAACAUUUCACGGACAAAUGUGGCGGUGUGAUAGGCUGGGUGAACCAGAUCUCCCAGUCCAUGGCAUUUGUGGAGGGCUGGGGACUAUAUGCUGAGAUACUUAUAGCUGAAGAUACUGAUUCGUACGAUAAUAAGCCGUGGCAGAGAUACGGAGCCCUGAAAUGGAGACUGUGGCGGGCGCUCCGUCUUGUUCUCGACGUAGGUCUCCAUAGUAAAAGUAUGACUCGCCGGGAGGGAUUGGAUCUAUUGGCCAAUUACGCCUGGGACACCUCAGAUAUUGCGAGCAAAGAAAUGACUCGAUACCAGUCUGGCCCAGGUCAGGCUAGUGCGUACAUGAUCGGUCAGUUGAUGAUUCAGAAGUUAAGGGACUACGCAGAGAUGAAGUUACAGGAAAAGUUUGACCUAAAGGAGUUUCAUUACCAGAUUCUAAACCAAGGCUCUGCGCCGCUGAGCUUCCUCGAGAGUCACAUCACACAGUAUAUUGCCUGCAAGUUAGACAAUAAAUCUCCCGGAUGCAAACUCAUCUUGCAGCCAAUAAGCGUUGAGGUAAAAACGAAGCGAAAAAGCCAUGCUGAGAACCAACUUUCCUCAGAAUAUUCUGGCUAUUUCAACCGGCCUUUUCCGAGGAGGCUUUAUGUAUGAUGAACUAGCGCAAUUUUAGCAUAAUUAGUAUUUCUAGUUAGUAAUGAUGGCCCUGCUUUGAGUUUGAAAAGGAAUUCCAAUCAACAAGAAGUCGAGGUCAUAAGUAGAAGCUUUCAUUGGCAGCACCCUAAAGGAUCAUUAGGUGCAUUUGAAUUUUUUUCCUAAUUCCCAAAUUUUUUCACACAAUUUUGAAAAUAGUGCAUGUAUCCGAACUCACUUUUAUAUGUUGUUAAUAACUUUCGUUAUCUAAUAUAUACAUAUUCAGUAACUCCAUUAGCAGUUCAACCACGUGUCUCGUGUUACAUGGAAAACUUCAGAGAAUUUGUUUCGUAAUUGGGUUAUCGAGUCGGGAAAUUCAUAUCAAUCCAUUCUUUAAAAAAGAGCAUUGAGUUUUUACCAAGCCAUUGUUAGGCAACGAACCAAUUGGACUAUAACUUAAAGCAUUAAUGCCUAGCUUGCUUUACUCUACUUUUCUUAAUAAACUGCUCGUGUGCUGCAACUUGCUAAAAAUUUAGAAAAAACGUUUGUUAUAAACUAGGAUGGGAGUAUUUAAGAUAUUUCGGUAAUAAGAGUGUAAUCAAAAUCAAAACUAGGUUUUCUUGAACAAUUGACAAGUUUGACAACUUUGUAAUCAAAUAAAAUAUG